AUGCCUUUCACGUCCCAACGAACCUCGUCAUCUCUGCUUGAGGAGCACACGCGGAAAAAUGGAAAGUUCAGCGACGCCGAGUCGUCUUUAGCUAGCAUAUCGACAAACCAAGCACGGGCGUCUCGCAAGGAGCACAAACUCACCCAUCUACUCUCAUGUCUGGGAUCCAGUAACCCCCUUCCUGCGCCCAUCGCGGCCGACGAUGUGGUGUGGCUCAUGGACAAUGUCGCGUUCUGGGACCGCGGGGGACACUGGGAGGCUGAGUUCGUGGCCGCAGUGUUCGACCAGCAGGCGUCGGCCAAGGUGGUGGACAUCGUGGGCGACAUUGCCAGCAAGGUCGGCCUGGCAAGGGGAGGUGACGAGGAGAGGACGAUGGAGCGCCGCAUCUCCCCGUUCGUCAUGGAGAUCCUCCAGGGCAGGCAGAUCAAGGUGAGGUUCAACGGCCCGACCCUGCUGAAGCUCGGCCCGGGCGGUAGAAAUGGCAUCAGCAGCGACAUCAGGAGGGUUCCGGAGCCGUCCACCGGGCCUGUUGCCAAGUCGACGGCGGACGUGCCCUCGGGGGUAACCGGGGUACUCGAGAUGAAGACGGUAUAUGCGGAACCUGAGGGGUGGGCAGUAAUCUCAGACAUUGACGACACAAUCAAAAUCACGCAGACGAGCGACCCGGUCAGGAUUCUUAGGUCAACUUUUGUGUCAAAACCGACGCCUGUCCCUGGUAUGCCGGAGCUCUACUCGAGUAUCAACCGGCUUCUGGCCCCCUCGGCGCUCUUUUUUUAUCUGUCGGCAUCCCCAUACAACCUAUACCCGUUCCUUCGUGGCUUCCGAGACACUUACUACCCGCAUGGGCAACUGAUCCUCCGGGACUCGAAUUGGAUGACCAUAUCCGGGCUCCUAUCCAGCCUGACGUUGGGGACCGAGAAGUACAAGAUCGAUAGGAUCAAGAAGAUACAGCGCUGGCUGCCGCGCCGCAAGGUGAUUUGCAUUGGAGAUUCGACCCAGAGCGACCCCGAGGCAUACGGCGAAGCUUGCAGGGCAUUUCCACAGUGGAUCAAGUUGGUCCUGAUACGAAAGGUGACCGACGUGGCCGCUGUUGGCAUCAGAGAGAAGAACGAGCCGGAGCGGUUUGAGAGGGCCUUUGAUGGGGUACCUAGGUGA